UCAGGACUAUCUCAGCAGUCAGUGGACUGGAAUGAAUUGAGUCGGUGCAGAGAGAGCACCGGCUAGCAUCGCAGUAAUGUUGUAGACUGGGAGGAUAGUGUGGACACUUGUAAUCGGGGAGAGGUAUUGCCAAAGCAUGCUCCCUCCACCGCGGAUGACUGCUAUGUGCCUCUGCCUUGUAUUUCUCCUUCGGAUACCAAUGAAUGAAGCCUGGAAACAAAGCAAACCUCGCCUAAAGUUCUCGUACAAAGACCUGCUGAUGAACGACAGUUGUAUCCCAUUUCACGGAUCAGCCGAAAGUUCAAGUUUCCAGUCUUUAUUAAUAGACGAAGAGAGGGGCAGACUACUGGUCGGAGCGAAGGAUCUGAUUUAUGUCUUGAGUCUGGAAAAUCUGAACAAGGAACCUGAAAAGAUUUAUUGGCCUGCAACUAAAGACAGAGUGGAACUCUGCAAACAAACUGGCAAAAAGGAAGCGGAGUGUGCAAACUUUGUCCGACUGUUGCACAUCUUCAACAAGACCCACGUUUACGCUUGUGGAACGGGAGCCUUCAACCCAGCCUGUGGACGUCUCCAGCUCAGCCCCCCUGCACAGGAGCUCUCGUUGUCGUUUGACCUCAAGAGUCUGGAAUCUGGAAAGCUGAAGUGCCCUUAUGACCCCAACCAACCUUUCACAUCACUUCUCAUUGACGAACAUCUCUAUGCUGGGACUUCUUCUGACUUCCUUGGGAGAGACACGGCUCUGUUUCGCUCCCCCAUCCAUCGCCUGGAGAAUCAGCAUAUCCGCACGGAACACAACCAGCCGCUCUGGUUAAGUGAUGCCAAGUUUAUCGGGAUGUACCUCAUUGCUGACACCUCUGAUGACGACGAGGAUAAAAUCUAUGUGUUUUUACGAGAGACAGCUGUGGACACAGCUGGCACUGAGAGAGCCAUCUACUCCAGAGUGGCCCGAGUCUGUAAGAAAGACAUGGGAGGCCAGAGGAGUUUGAUCAACAAGUGGACCACCUUUCUGAAAGCCCGUCUGAUCUGUUCUGUGCCUGGGCUCGAUGGUUAUCAGACACACUUCGACGAACUGCAGGAUGUUUAUCUGUUCAACACCAUCGACAAACUGCCUGUGUUUUAUGGAAUCUUCACAUCCUCCAGUUCUGUUUUCAGUGGCUCUGCAGUUUGUGUGUACAGCCUAGCUGACAUUCAAGCUGCAUUUAAUGGACCUUUCACACAUCAGGACAGCCCUGACCACCACUGGAUGGAAUACCAGGGGAAGAUUCCUUACCCCAGACCUGGUACGUGUCCCAGUAAAGCAUUUGACGCCACAAUUGAGUCGACCAAGGAUUUUUCAGAUGAUGUCAUCAGCUUCAUUAAGAGCCACCCAUUGAUGUACAAGGCUGUGUACCCCAUAAACAAGAGCCCGGUUUUUAUCCAAGUGAACGCUGGUUACAGAAUCACCCAGCUUGUGGUUGACCGGGUCAAGGCCAAGGAUAGACACUAUGCAGUUCUAUUCUUGGGCACAGAUGUUGGGACAGUAAUAAAAGCUUUGUGUAUUACCAAGGACAAUUUGAAUGCAGAAGGAAUUGUAUUGGAAGAAUUGCAAGUGUUUGAGGCGUCAACUCCAGUGUUGACAAUGGAACUUUCUUCAAAGCAGAAGCAGAUUUACAUUGGGUCGAAGGAUGGUGUCGUGCAGCUGGCUCUGCAGAGGUGUGGUGCAUAUGGAGCAACUUGCUCUGAAUGUUGCCUUGCCAGAGAUCCCUACUGUGCAUGGAAUGGAACUGCCUGUUGCCAAUAUGUGCCAGCACUGAGAAGACAAACCCGACGUCAAGAUGUAAAGACAGGAGAUCCAACAAUGCAGUGUUGGGAUCAAGAGGACUAUGCAACCAAGGUGCUGGCUGAGAAGAAGUUGAUUUUUGGCGUUCAGCGCAACUCCACUUUCCUGGAGUGCAGUCCCAGGUCACAACAAACGUCGGUGGUUUGGUCGGUUCAGCGAUCGUUCGAUAGUCAGCAGGAGGAGAUAAAAUAUAGUUCCAGAAUCAUCAAAACCAGGCUGGGGCUUCUCCUCCGUGAUUUGCGGGGGGACGAUGCUGGGAUUUACUACUGCCGAGCCGUAGAGAACACCUUCACCCAAGUCAUUACCAAGUUUCACCUCAAUGUCAUUCUGAGUGACUUCAUGGCCACCCCGCCAAAACCGAAAUCGCACAGCGACGGAAAGGGCAAAGACACCAGGAACAGGACAAGGAUACGUUACAAGGACUUCCUGCAGCUUCUGAAUCAACCGGACAUCACUGUGAGCGAAUAUUGCCAGCAAGUGUGGCGUACAGGGAAACGUGGACAAAGUAGCAAGACUGCGGCCAAAUGGAGAAAAGCACAGGAGUUCAAACGGUAUUAGAGGGCGGAGAGAUACCGGAUGCUUUGUGGUCCUUUUUCAUGGAGAUACAACAGUGCCCGUAUAACUGUCACUGUAUCAAAGAAAUGUAUACACACUCUAGCAUCGUGUGGAAUGGACACACAAGGAACUGAGGGUGCCUGUAAUCGAGCCGUAGUGUCCAUGGCUCUAUGACUAUAUAUAUUUCCAUUACUCCGUGACUCACUCUGUGACUCUAUGACUCUAUCCAGUCAUAAAAUUGGAAGGUUUCCUGUGCAUGUUUCAUUGAAUAAUCUUCAGGGUUUCAGGUCAGGACCCUUCUCCCCAGAGAUGCUACCUGACCUACUGAGUUCCUCCGACACGUUGUGGCAUGGUGUGAACUUCAACAAGUGUCCCAGGAUGAUGUAUUAACACACAGGUUGAAAAAUGUAGUAAGAGAUAUUAUAUUGUGUGGCCUCCAUUUAAGAGGAUUAUGUUUCUUAAAGGAAAAUUGCUAUGAAAGGAAAUAUUAAGAUGUAGGCAAUUUUAUAAUGUAGCUUGGGAAUUAAAUUUUUGAAGACUUCUCAAACCUCUUGAGUCUUCUGGUAAAUGGAUCUCAUUGUGCAAUAUGUAAUGAAGUCCAUUUUGGUCUAUUAAUCUUAGAACGCAUGGUGUUUGAAAACUAUGUUCCAUCUGCGCUACAAAUAACAUUUCUAAUGUACGAUUUGACAGAAUGGAAAUGAACAGAAUGCAUUGCCAGUGGCAAAAAAUAU